AUGAAACAAGGCGCUUGGACCUGCGACGUCUGCCACCGUUCCAUGCAUAUCAACUCCCAAGCCUCCCACGUCGUCGGCAAAUCUCACACCACAAAAGCAGCGUCGCUCACUACCCCUCGUCCCAGCCCUUCCAACUCCUCCACCCCUCCCUCUUCCGUUCCCACCGAUGCGUCAAGGACACUGACCCCCGCUAACGAAGGAUACUUGGAGACGGUUGCUCAGCAGAUAGAAAGGAUGGAGAGGGAAGCAGCGGCUGGGCUGAAGCCUGUGGCAUGGCCCUGGCCUGCUCAUCUCAAAGGUCAAGCGCCUCGGAGGAGGAGUAAGAAGAAAAGUAGCGGCAUGGUGGGUGGGAAGGGAAAGACGGACAAGAAGGGGAGCGGUUAA